CGCGCUCGGGGCACCGGGUGGCUGCGGCGGCGGCGGCGGCGUCCACCCCAGAGGCGGUUGUUGCUGCGCCCGGUACUGGGGUCGCUGCCCGAGGCGCAGACGCGGUGGACUUCGCCCGCCCCGGCCCUCGGCUCGCUGUGGGCUCGUAAUGGAGACCAACCAGAGGCCGUAUCACCUGGUGGUGUUUGGCGCCUCAGGCUUCACCGGCCAGUUCGUGGCCGAGGAGGUGGCCCGGGAGCAGGUGGCCUCGGGGCAGAGCUCCAGCCUGCCCUGGGCCGUGGCGGGCCGCUCCCGGGAGAAGCUGCAGCGAGUGCUGGAGAGGGCUGCCCUGAAGCUGGGAAGACCGACACUGUCCUCCGAAGUUGGAAUAAUAAUUUGUGAUGUCACUAAUCCCGCCUCACUUGAUGAAAUGGCUAAGCAGGCAGCAAUUGUCCUCAACUGUGUAGGACCCUAUCGAUUUUACGGAGAACCUGUAGUCAAAGCAUGUGUUGAAAAUGGAACGAGCUGUAUUGACAUCUGUGGAGAACCUCAGUUUCUGGAACUAAUGUAUUGGAAGUAUCACGAGAAAGCUGCAGAAAAGGGAGCUUAUAUCAUUGGAAGCAGUGGCUUUGAUUCCAUUCCAGCAGACCUGGGAGUGAUAUAUACCAAAAACAAGAUGAAUGGUACACUGACGGCUGUGGAAAGUUUCCUGACUAUACAUUCUGGACCUGAGGGGAUGUGUAUUCACGAUGGUACCUGGAAGUCAGCAGUGUACGGUUUUGGAGAUCAGAGUAAUUUGAAAAAACUACGAAAUGAAGCAAAUCUGAAACCCGUCCCAAUUAUUGGUCCGAAAUUGAAAAGAAGGUGGCCACUUUCCUACUGCAGAGAACUCAGCAGCUACUCGGUCCCUUUCCUGGGAGCGGAUGUGUCUGUUGUGAGGCGGACCCAGCGCUACCUGCACGAGAACUUGGAGCAGUCUCCCGUUCAGUACGCUGCUUAUAUAAACAUGGGAGGCCUCACCUCUGUUAUUAAGCUGAUGUUUGCGGGACUUUUCUUUUUAUUCUUUGUGAGGUUUGGCAUCGGAAGGCAACUUCUCAUAAAGUUCCCAUGGCUCUUCUCCUUUGGUUAUUUUUCAAAACAAGGCCCGACACAAAAACAGAUGGAUGGCUCAUCGUUUACAUUGAGGUUCUUUGGUCAAGGAUACAGCCAAGGCUUUGGUCCCGAGAAGGGCAAACCAAAUACGAGAAUUUGUACUCAGGUGAAAGGACCAGAGCCUGGCUAUGUGGCUACCCCCAUAGCCAUGGUCCAGGCAGCUAUGACUCUUCUAAAUGACGCCUCUGAUCUUCCUAGCAUGGGCGGGGUCUUCACCCCAGGAGCCGCCUUCUUCAGAACAAAGUUGAUUGACAGACUCAACCAACGUGGCAUGGAAUUUAGCGUCAUCAGCAGCUCUGAAGUCUAGACGUUGGAAGAAUUGACUGAAGGCAGGACAUGCAUGAAUUCAUUCAUGGCUUUUUUGUUUGAAAUUUGAAACGCUACACGUGAAAAAGUUGUCAGAUCUAAAAUACGUGCACAUUAAAAGCAGGAAAUUGUACUAGCUUGCCCUAAAUUUCAAAUCUUUGUUGACUUUGUGAUUUUAUUGCUCGUGGAACAGAACCGAUAUUUGACUUCUUCAUCGAAGAGUUCAUCGUCAAUGCUUAUAAGUCAGCUGGCGGACUAGAGGGUGGGGGGGGUGUCUUGAUCUGUGUUGCUGACAGACUCCCGAUGAGGCACUCGGGCUGGUGUUCCUGUAAGGCAGUAACUGCUAUUUUCCUCACCUUGAUUUUGAGUGGGAUCUCCCCUUCUGAUGAGUGUCUCUACGUAUUGUUUGGGCCUUUGCCAAAGGAAAACGCACUUUUUGCUAUGUUAGCCUAGUUUCUCGCCCAUCCACACUAACUGAGUUUUUGACUAUUACCUAAGUUGAAUAAUAAAGGGUUGUCGAUGGAA